AUGACCAGGGGAUCGGCCGAGAAGGAGCUCAAGGAGAAGUAUGGAGCUGAAAAGAUCCGCGACGUGGAUGUCAUCUCGCACGCCAUCUACCCGGACGUGUUUACAGGCUUCCAGAAGUUCAAGGACGACUUCGGCUCGAUGCACUUCCUGGACACUCGUACGUUCCUCACGGGUCUCGAGGUGGACACGGAGGUUGAGGUCGAGAUGGAGCACGGGAAGACGGUCUUCAUCAAGCUCAUUGCUGUUGGUGGAGUGAGCAAGAAGGACGGGAUGCGCGACGUGAUCUUCGAGCUUAAUGGACGUCAACGUGUGAUUAAGGUCAAGGACGAGGCGGCUGGUGUGUCCACGACAGCUAAGCCGAAGGCUACGGGACUGGCUGGCUCUGUGGGCGCCCCGAUGCCUGGUGUCGUGCUCGAUGUGCGUGUGAAGCAGGGCGAGAACGUGAAGGCCGGUGACGCCCUGCUGGUUCUGAGUGCCAUGAAGAUGGAGACUGUUGUGGCUGCCCCCGUGAGCGGCCGGGUCGUGUCGAUCCACGCCGAUGUUGGCGACAACAUGCUCGGUGGAGACCUCCUGGUGGAGAUCGACGAGACUGGCGACGACAAAGAAGAAUAAGUUUAUCUACACUGUAAGCAUUUGUGGCCUUCAACUAGGUAUGCUGGAUAAGUAAAAUGAAGCUGUUGCUUGGUAUCAAAA